GCCGGCCAUUUCAAUCUGAUAACGUUCCUGAUUCAUUUCCCCUCACGAUUGCAGUCCACCGACGUUACCACUCUCAUUUAAAAACUGGAGGAUCCAGCAUGACGCCCAAUCAUAAUCCUCCACGUGGCUCCCCAUGGGAAAUAUAAUGGCGCGAUGAUUUGGAAAAUGAUAUAUAAACUUGAUUACUUCGUACGGCAAGAAUCGCGGGGUUGCCAAAAAGCAAUCCCUCUUUAUCAGCAGAUUUCAUUUCAACGAUUUUCUAACUUCCCCACACUUUUCUCUUUUGUUUUCGUCUCCGUUUCGCCGAUUCAAAAUUCUUUCGAUGGGAUUUUGAUUUUUGAUUUUCUUUUUGGUGGGAAUCGAGAGAUCGAAAAUCGAAAAAAGGAAGAGCAAAAAAUAAGAGUAGAAUUAUGCGGCGUCUCGUUGACAGCGCCCUCGCUAUUACAAAAGAAUUGCUGAAGACUUUUAUGUAUGAGUCUUUGAACAAUACUGCACGGUUGAUAAAUGAAGUAUCAGCACUUUUAUUGUCCAUUCUUCUUGGAAAGGCAAAUAUUCUCGAAGGUGUUCAAGGAUGGGAGCUUAGGCCAACUUUUCAUGGACCUCGGUUUCCACGCUGGAUGGAAAAUGGUGUUUCCUCAUUCAACCAGUUCAUUCAUGAACUUUCUCUGGAGUCUGAUACUUCAAGUAUAGACUACUCUUCCGAUGACAACAAUCUUGAUGAGACAUACCCUGCGUCACCAUCAUCUCAUGGGUCAAGAAGCUCCAGGACAAGCUUUCCUAUCAAUAAUGCUUGGCAUUGGACAGACUUGAUGGCAUGCAUAUUGUCAUUGAUUUUGUUACCUGCUAGGCUUCUGCUGUGGAUGCCAUUUCUUGUUUUCCGUUUGUUAAAUAUUUGGGGAUCAAAGACUUCUUCAGAUCCAGGAAACCCCCAUCUUAGGAAUUUUCACUCCUUUAGGAACAUGCACACCACCAAGGACCAUGUUGUCAACCGCAGCAUUGACAGGAGGCGUGGAGUCGUUGAGGAUCUUCAUCUAGCAAUUGAGAUUUUCAUUGAAGCUAUAUUUGAUAUGCUUCACAAGACUGUGCAUUGUGUGCUCUCCCCAUCUUCAGCUUUUAGAAUCUUCAGAAAAUUGUUCUCAUCUGCAAGUGCUGGUGUUAAGGAUGUUGACAAUGAUGUCUUGAAUGCUUCAAUUCCCCCAGUGACUCUUGGAGAUAAAGAUCCAGCUCCUACAGAAAGGAAUCCUACUCUUCACCAUGCUCUUAACACUGAUGCUAGAACUUGUAAGGAUAUCAUAACAGAGCUUGGGUACCCAUAUGAAGCCAUUCAUGUUACUACCGCCGAUGGAUAUAUUCUUCUUUUAGAAAGAAUACCAAGACGUGAUGCACGGAAGGCUGUCUAUCUACAGCAUGGUAUUUUUGAUUCAUCCGUGGGUUGGGUUUCUAAUGGUGUUGUUGGUUCUUCAGCUUUCGCAGCAUAUGAUCAAGGCUACGACGUCUUCCUUGGGAAUUUGCGUGGUCUAGUCUCUAGGGGGCAUGUGGAUAAAAAUAUCCCCUCACGGAAAUAUUGGUGGUUCACAGUAAAUGAGCUUGGGACAAAAGAUGUUCCGGCUAUGAUAGAGAAGAUUCAUGAAAUUAAAACUGACGAAUUAAAAAUGAUUCAACCUGAUGAAGAAACAAACGAUGAGCAGCCAUACAAACUCAGUGCAAUCGCUCAUAGUCUGGGUGGAGCUGUUAUGCUGAUGUAUACUGUGACACGCUUGAUUGAACAAAAGCCUCACAGGCUCUCAAGAUUGACUUUACUUUCGCCUGCAGGCUUCCAUGAUGAGACUAUUUUUAUCCUUACAGUGGCGCAUUAUUUCGUUGUUCCUUUGGGUCCGAUUCUGGCGUUUUUCGUGCCUGCCUUGUAUAUACCGACCCGAUUCUUCCGCAUGCUGUUCAACAAGUUAGCUAGGGACUUCCAUAACUACCCUGCCCUUGGGGGACUAAUACAAACCGUACUGAGUUAUACCUUUGGGGGAGAUAGCUCGAACUGGGUUGGGGUGAUGGGAUUACCUCAUUAUAAUAUGGAUGACAUGCCAGGGCUCUCACUAGGUGUGAUUCACCACCUUGCACAAGUAAAGUGGAGGGGAAAAUUUGUAAUGUAUGACUAUGGGAAUGCAUCAGCCAAUAUGAAGGCAUAUGGAUCUCCGGUGCCAAUAGACUUGGGUGAAUAUUAUUCGCUUAUCGAUAUCCCAAUUGAUUUGAUCGCUGGGCGGAAGGACAAGAUAAUUAGUGCAGCAAUGGUUACAAGGCACUACAAGUUAAUGAAGGAUGCAAGUGUAAAUGUAUCAUACAAGGAAUUUGAGUAUGGACACUUAGACUUUACAAAAUCGAACCAGGAAGACAUCUUAGCUUACGUAAUGUCUCGCCUACUGCUCGUGGAGCCUGCUCUAAAGCACCAGACUAGCCAAAAGAAGACUCUGAAAUUGAAGAAGAAAGGACAGGCUAGCUCUUAAAACUCCAAUUUACUACUAAAACCAUGCGUUCCCAUGUGUCUUGUUGUAAUUGAAUAUUGAUGAUAGAUCAUAGAUGCAUGUUACUGUAUGUUAGUUACUAGAUUUAUAUGUCCUUAAAAAACCCCCCAAAAAUGUAUUUAUAUCAUAUAUAGAGAUAUAUUCUGACCGAGGAAGUCAAUUGUUUAAUUCAGUGAAAGUGGUGGUUACUGCUUGUUAUCUA